ACUUGACUCACUCCGGACCUGGCAACCCUGACACCCACCCAAACUAUAGUUUGCUAAUGGGUGCCCGGUGAGAGUGGGAGAGGCUUAUUGUGUAAUAAAAUCUUAAUUAUAUGAUACGCCGAGGAAUAUGUCAAGCUUAAAAAUUGUAUGAUAUAACUUGUUGGUGUGUGGUAUGAUGCAAGACAUUCAUGCAGUGGCUUGCUGAAAUUGAUGUGGCAGGCGUAUGGCGCACCCACCUGCACCCAGCAGUGCAUCGUGCUAUGCAUCGUGCCUAGCCGCCUGCCACUCCUUGUGUCACGCUCAGUGCCUAGCCAACACUAAUCUUUACUACAAAAAGAUAUUGUACGAGCGAACUCACCAACACAUGGCUGCAAUGCGUUCGCAUGGUAAAGCUAGCCAAGAUGAUGUGUGCUAUGUUGUUGCAAAGUAUGACUACACUGCUCAGGGUGCCCAGGAGCUUGAUCUACGCAAAAAUGAGCGUUAUGUACUGCUAGAUGAUACUAAGCAUUGGUGGCGUGUUCAAAAUGCACGCAGUCAAGCGGGCUAUGUUCCGAGUAACUAUGUUAAGAAAGAGAAACCAUCAUUAUUUGACAGUAUCAAGAAGAAAGUUAAAAAGGGUUCCGGAUCAAAAACUCUUCCGUCUGGUAACUCUCCUUCUAGGGUGAUGGAAUCACCUUCAAUGGCUCGGCGCCUGCCUGCAGAUCCAUCAGAGGCAAUUGGCACAGCAAUUGUGAAAUACAAUUAUCAAGCUCAGCAGCCAGAUGAGCUGUCACUAGUCAAGGGUACUCGUAUUUUGAUUUUAGAGAAAAGCAAUGAUGGAUGGUGGAGAGGUCAAAGUGGAAGUCAAGCAGGAUGGUUUCCUUCUAAUUACACUCAGGCUGAGUGUGAUGCAGAUGACACAUUACACACUUAUGCUAUGGCAGAAAAUGUUCUUGAUAUUGUAGUUGCAUUAUACUCAUUCAAUUCAACCAACGAUCAAGAGUUAUCAUUUGAGAAGGGAGAUCGUUUGGAGAUUUUGGACCGCCCUCCUUCUGAUCCUGAGUGGUAUAAGGCUCGAAAUGGUCAGGGACAAAUUGGACUGGUGCCGCGGAACUAUCUCCAAGAACUCAGUGAAUAUCUUACGCAGCCUUAUCAAAGUCGAAUUGGUGGAGGGCCAGUGGAAUCAAUAGAUCGUAGGCAAGGUAAUAGUAACAAGACGGGCCCUUCUACCUUAGAUAGACCACACCUGCUUGGGAAGCCAUGGUAUUUUGGUAGUGUUACACGAGCUCAGUGUGACAACUUACUGAACCAACAAGGACAUGAUGGAGAUUUCCUGAUAAGAGACAGUGAAACAAAUAUGGGAGACUAUUCAGUUUCACUGAAAGCUCCUGGCCGUAACAAACACUUCCGAGUUCACGUUGAAGGUGCUUUGUACUGCAUUGGUCAACGCAAAUUUCACACCCUGGAGCAGCUAGUUGACCAUUAUCAACGUGCCCCUAUCUACACAAAUAAGCAAGGCGAGAAACUUUAUCUUGUGCGCCCUUUGCCACGACCAGCUCAGACAUAGACUUUUUAUAUCUAGAUUGGACUUGCUGUUUGUGGCAUUCUAGUUACACAGAAUUCUUAUUGCUUUAAGAUGUUUUGUAUGGACGUUUUUUAACUCUUAAAUUUUUAAAAGUGAGUUGCAACUAGUGUAAUUAAGAUACUCAUCCAAUCAAAUGUAAAAGUGAGCUAUGAUGUUUUAGGAAAUAAUUGUUAUUGAUUUAUGCAGCCUGAGACAUGCCUGACACAGAACUUUUUGUUCUUUUCUGUGACUUUUAGUUACUCUUGAAUUAUUUUCUCUCUUUCUGUGCAAGGUGAUCUAAAAUUUGAUCAAACCAUGCAUCUUUGAACAAUGAUUUUCUCUCUUGUUUGUAUGAUUCUUCAUCAUAUUCUUAUAUUGAGAACAAACUUGUAAACCUAAUUUUCAAAUCUCCCUCUUCCCCCAUUAUUAUAACAAAACAUUUAUUUAAUGGUGUCAUAAGAAUUUGGUCCGAAAGUGAGCUCUCCCUGGCUCUCCGCACCACUUUCCCCACCCUUUCCCGCAUGUAUUUCCCCAGGCCAGGGGAGUGUUUGCCCCCAGGCAAGGGGGACUGGCGGGGACGGGUGGGGAAGUGCUGGGGAGAGCUCUCUUUUGAUUGACUUCAAUUUUUAUAGACUUACGAACCAGAAUCAUUAUUAAAAUCCGACUGGAAAUGGUCUCUUUCUCUCAUGCUUAGUAAGGUUUUUCUGUUAACACUGCCAUUGGUUUGUUGCUAUACAAAAACAAAUCCAUCAUAUAUGAUAUUACUUAUCUAAGGUCAUGGGCUGUAUAAAAUUAAUCUAAUAUUUGAGGACCGAUUUUGCAAAAUAUCUCCACAUGCUUUUACCGCUUAUAAGUUCAAAGUGGUACUUUCUGCAUCAUAAUUAUACCGUAUGUCUGUUGUUGUUGUUUUAAACUUUUUGUCAUGACAGUUCAAUAUUCCACAUGGUCUUCAUUGCACAUUUACAUACUGUGGUUAAUUAGUAUUCAUUUUUACUCCAGAAAUUAUAUUUUUCUGGGUUUUUCUGUGUGUGUGAGAUUGCGUGUUACCGUUUUUCUUUAUUUUCGUAGAAUUUGGCCAGCUUUUAGUAAUGGUUUGUUACUGUCAAGGGUUUUAUUCUAAUUUUAAUGUUUUUACGCACAUGAUUGUACCACCACCCGGUUUUUAAUUAACUUGUAAUCAUUUCCCUGUGAAAAUUGGACCCUUUUAAUUUCCUCUGUUCAUGAAAUAUCGCUGAUUCUAUGAAAUGUUUUUUUACAGAACAUAUUUUUCCUCAUUGAAAAAUGAGCCUCUAAUCUGCUUCAUACUUGUAAUUAAAUAUAUGUUUAUAUCAUUGUAUAAAAUAUUUAUUUCAUUUAUUUCAAACUUAGAGUUUUAGUUUACUGUAAGUUGAAUGCAUGGAGCAUAAGGUAAUUGCUCCUUGUUAUCAUUUGCCAUCUUCUUAUCUCCUUUAUUUUCUUACUGUGAAUCUCUUGUCUUGUUGGUGAUAUUUGUGGUGUUUCUUUUUUUUUUUAAAUUAAUAAUUUUAUUGCUUUAAAUGAUUCAUUCAAUCAGCAUCACAUACCCAUUGGUAGGUCUGGGUAUCCCAAAGGGGUUCCAAUAUGUUGAAGCAAGUAAGCUUACUUUGAGUCCGUGUAGUUAAUUUUCUUAAAAAUACAAGGUGUUUCAUGAUAGAAUUAUAUCUUUAUAAAAUAUACUGUCAUUUUGUCUUCUUGGGUUGCACCCAGUUUUCUAGCAAGCUCGGACACUAACAGAAUUCAUUCCAAUGUUGCUGGGUAAUGAGUUUUAUGUUGUAUCAGAGGACCACCUACCAUCCGUGUCUAUUCAUAUGUAUCAAGAUGCACUUGUCUGCUCUUACUAAUACUAAUCUUCAUAAGAGUAGAAUAAUGCUUUCUGGAAAUGGGACUGUGUGCCACUCAAUCUAGCUAGACAUGCAGUUGUUAAAAUUAUCAAGUUUUGUGGUGUUUUCAUUCCUAUGGCUUAUCCAGCACAACAGCAGUAAAGCGACUGACUUGUUGAUUGAUUGAUUGGACCGGGGAGUGCGGUCAAUAGUGCCGAUGCCAAGUGGUAACCCUGCUGGCUCAGGGCUCCCCUGGUCAACUUAAGAUUGAAAGUUGUCUUUUGGCUUUGUGCUAGUGCCUCUACAUCACAAUUGUUAAAGUUGUUAAAGACAUUGCUUGCUUCACUCAAAUUUGAAUACUGUACUGUGUGAUUAGUCAAUUUUGAUUAUCUUUCGAGCUUGUUCCAGGUGGAGUAUAGAAAGUAAAGAGGCACCUAGUCAUUUGCCAAGAAAACAUUUUGGCAAGUUAUCAAUGGGAGUUAUUACUUUUAUAUUUAAAAAAACAAAAAAUAACAUGUGUGAAUUAAUUUCUGAAGUGAGCUGAGCAGUCCCAAGCCGAUGCAAUUCAAAUUUAGGUAGAACCAGCUCUUUUGCUGAAUGUUGACUUGUAACUGCAUCUUGUUUCUGGAAGUUCAGAUGACAAAUUCUCACCUAUUAACUUGUAGUUUUAGCUUAAAAUAUUAAAAAAAACAAUUGAAGAAAUUUGUCUUGCAGAAUUUUGCAUGCUCAAAAUGGAACGCAGCACAUAAGUCUGACCAGUAAAUCAAUGGACUGAAGAGGUUGGUGGCCACAAUUUCUCUAUUUCUUCAUUUUUAUUUUGGGAGCAAUUCAUCAAUUGUGUAUUUAUGUAUGUAUGGAGUAGCUCCUCAGCUUGUGUAGUUUUGUUUGUGGUGUAACAGAUUUCCCUUUUGUCUGAUCAAUCUACAUUCUUUUAUGUUUGUUUAUUAAUUUAACACAAUUCCUAUUAUUAAUCUGUCCACUUGUAAUUAAUUUUCAAAACUGUGCCAUAUUUUUAAGUUACAAUACAUUCAUAGGGUAGAUAUAAUUCUCUUUACAAAUCAGCUCAUUGUUUUUACUCUACUCCCAGGCAGUUACAUCUUAAAAUCUCCUCGCUUCUAGAAAGUAUACAUGGCAUUUGAACUAAGUAUGUUGUGUAAUUUACAAUAGACCCUAGUAGCUUCUGUGAAGCUGCUGAACAUCAAAGUUUGAAUGUCUUGGUGUCUGCAUUGCUUAAAAAACUUGAAAGUAUCGGUGACUGUACAGUAAUUUAAGUUCGUAUUGCCUUGGGAUGUUUAGUCUUAAUUCAGUAUACCCUGUAUUAUUAUUAAGCAUAAAUAAACAACACUUAUAGGUGA